GCAGGCGCAGGGUGGAGCAGCGAGGCCGCGCGUCGCUGCCGUCGGCAGCGCAGGGCGAGGACGUGGCCUCGGCUGCGGGCGCCAGCGCCGACCAGACCGCGCGAGGGCCUCCGUCCCAGCAGCCCGCCGCGAGCGGCACGCAGCAGGUCGCCCUGCUGGAUCCCAGCACCGUCGCGGAGAGCCAUCUGGCGCUGGAGGUGCACAGGCAGCGGCUCCAGAUGGCUGGCACGCCGCAGGGCGGCGGCGGUCGGCCAGUCGAGGAGAUGCUGGUCGACGACAAGUUCCUCGACACCCUCGCCGACAAGAUCACCAUGCGGCUUGGAGGAGCCGCCCCCGCGCAGCCGCACCCGAUGGGCGCGAUCGUCCGCCCGGACCUUCCGUCGUUUGCGGAGCCCGAGGACAGGCAGAGCGGCGUGCGGCUCCCCGCGGCGCUGGCGGGGGGGCCGGGGCGCACGGGGCCCGGCAGGGCAGCGGCGGCCGUCUCGACGACCUGCAGCGACGUGGACCACUUCACCCAGGAGAAGAUGCGGGGCGAGGCCUACGUGCGGCUGCUGAUAUGCCCGGAGUCCAGUGCGGCCAGGAAGGAGCCCUCCGCGUACGUGGGGGAGCAGCUGGCGCCAGACGUCGCGAUAGUCUCAGGAGGCGCUGGGCCGCAGCUGGUCAUGCCAUCGCAGCCGAGGGUGAAUGAACACGGGGAGCUGGAAGAGGAAGACGAGUUCAAUGACUUCGAGCGCAACGAUGUGGUCGUCUUCUCGCUCGUGAGGCACAACCGCUUCGAGUCCAUUGAGUCGAUCCUUCAGCAAGAUCCCACCGUCCUCGGGAGCACCGAUGAGCGCGGCAAUGGCUUGCUCCAUAUCGCAUGCCAGAAUAACAACAAGCGUGUUGCGAAGCUCUUGGUCAAGAGCAGGAUCGACGUCAACCACCAGAACCGAGCGGGGAACACGCCGCUGCACUAUUGCUCGUCCUACGGGUUCAUGCAGCUCGCAACUUUUCUCAUCUCCCAGGGCGCCGAUGAAACCGUGGUCAACGCCUCCGGCCAACUAGCCACGGACGGUCUCGGCAGAGAGGAGGGUGGUGACGUAGCCGUCGCGCAGAAGCAUUUGCAGAACGGGCUGCUCUGA